CACCAGGCAUCAGGUCAUUUGGCUCGACAGCGGGCCACCGCAUCAUCUGGCAAGGCAGUGGGCUCCGAGUCAACAGGCACGACAGUGGGCACCGGGUCAUCAGGUACCGGAUUGUCUGGCUCGACAGCAGGCAUCGGGUCACCAGGUAUGACAGCGGGCACUGGGUCACCAGGCAUCAGGUCAUUUGGCUCGCCAGCGGGCACCGCGUCAUCUGGCAAGGCAGUGGGCACCGAGUCACCAGGUACGACAGCGGGCUCUGAGUCAAUUGGCACGACAGCGGGCACCGGAUCAGGUACCGGAUCAUCUGGAUCAACAGCGGGCAUCGAGUCAACUGGCCUAAUAGGAUCGUCAGGCUGGAUCAGUUCAUCAUGCUGGGUAGAGGCAUCAGGCUGAAUGCCGGCGUCCGGCUGAGUAGAGGCUUCAGGCCGAGUAGAGGCUUCAGGCCGAGUAGAGGCUUCAGGCCGAGUAGAGGCUUCAGGCCGAGUAGAGGCUUCAGGCCGAGUAGAGGCUUCAGGCCGAGUAGAGGCUUCAGGCCGAGUAGAGGCUUC